UACCAUGUUUUAGAAAUAAUGAAGCGACAAGUCAUUAUUCGUGAGCCAAUGUUGAUGCACGCCGUCUGAUUUCUAAUACACCAUCAACAAGGACGUGUAACUGGGCGUUUGGUUCUGCUCGGUUCAGUGGGCUUCGUGGGAAUGUACCUUCUCCAACAAAGGUAUUCAGAAAAGCCUUACUAAAUUAUGUCAAAUCAACCGAACGCAACCAGCCAAAUUCAAGAAAGUACGUCGUUAUGAUUGAUGAGUAUUUCACAAGUCAAAUAUGUCUCAGAUGUCAUACAAGAAGUACUUCCAACCAACGUGAUAACUCCAAUAUGAUGAUCCAUCCAAGAUCGCAUGGCGAGUCUCAACAUACGCUCUAUCUUUUUGUAUAUGGCUGCCAACAACAACAAUCGACCUGAAGAGUUUCGGCGGGGCCUUAACAAUUGAAUAACAUUAUGUCUUGUAUAACAGCAAGACACCCCAUAUUUACAGGUAAGUUAACCUAUUGAAAAAAAAGUUUUCAUUCGCCCAAAAAUUAAAAGUAUCUUAAUAUGUCUCAUUUUCAUAU